AGUAUGUACGCCUUCCCAUAGACAGCUUGCGGAAGGCUAUCCUCGACCAGAGCAUAGCACCCUUGGCAAUCGACGCGUCAAUCCGUAAAGAGCGAUCCUCCGACCCGGGUUUUUAGAUAUACUUGAAAAAUCCUAACCAAGAUGUCUGACCAUGAGGAAACCAGCUCGGGCCCAGGUUUCGAUACGCCGGUGCCAGAGCUUGACGACCACCGUCACCAAGUUUCGUCUCCUCAGAGGGGUGAUCAUCCUCGCCGUGGUACCGCUGACACUCUGUAUGGGUCCCGACAACACCUUCAGCCUGAGGUCCCCUAUACGCCAGCCGAUGUCAAAGUUCGAGAUUUCGAGGAGGCAGUUCUUGAUGAUGAGGACGGCAACAUUUCGCCAAUGGCUACCCACAGCCGAAGGCCCACUUUCAACUCUACAAGUGAGCAGCAGCGUGCCGUAUCCCCUCCUAACUCGGUGAAGGCCUUCGCAGAAGCUCGCCGCCGCGAGCGUGCUCUCUCGACCACGGACGCUCGCGCCCAGAGACAGGAGGAGGGCGAUACACUCCGCCGCAGCGGUUCCCGGAGCAGUCGCCGGAGUCACGCGAGCCAUCGCUCUGGCCAUAGUAAGGCAGCCACAUCCACAGCUGACGACGGAGCAAGCCUGGCUACGAACAAGACUGCGGAAGAAGACGUAUGCUUCCCUAUGCAGGACGAGCAUAAUAGGAAUCAGCUGCACAUCGACUUCGACUACCUUGAGAACUUCAUCGCAUCUGAGAAUGCGGCACGAAAGGAGAGUGCUGCCGGACAGGGCGCGGUUCGAGUAUUUCCCACCUUGAGGCCAGAUACUGCCACUCAACCCGCACCAAUGAUUACCGUUGACGGUGACUUUCUCAACGCGCCCUCCACUGCUUCGGAGGCUGGCGACGAGAAGGCGGACGAGAUGGCCCACGCAGUGCCCAAACCAGCCGAAAAAGAGCAUUUCGACCCCAACCGCUUUAGCUUCUUUUCCUCGGCGUGGGAGUCCACCAUCCAUGCUGCCGAAUUUGGGGAUCUCGUCCUCCCCGGUGAGGAUGUACGCGGUCUUUUCACGUUUCCUCGCGACGAGCCCGACGGGGUCUGGUGGUUGAACGUUCAUUCGCCAACCGAGGAGGAAGUUCGCACUCUAUGCAAGGCUUUCGGAGUGCAUCCCUUGACGAUCGAAGAUAUCACGACGCAAGAGGCCCGCGAGAAGAUCGAAAUCUUUCCCUCGUACUACUUCGCCUCCUUCCGGUCCUUCAGUGUGGUGCAGGAUGACGACGGCCCCGACUACGAACCGUACAAUAUCUACGUUGUCGUAUUCCGCGAGGGCACUCUCAGCUUUAGCUUCCAGCCGAAUACCCACGCCUCCCAAGUUCGGAAGAGAAUCUCUAGCCUGAAGGAGUACGUUUCCCUCAGCAGCGACUGGAUCUGUUACGCGUUGAUCGAUAACAUCGUCGAUUCAUUCGCACCUGCUAUCUACAGAAUCGAGCUUCUCACUGAGCAGAUCGAAGAUUCGGUCUUUACCGCCCGGGCCGAUGAUAUGAACCUAUUCCUUCGCAAGAUCGGCGGCGUCCGCAAGAACACGCUGGGGCUCAUGCGUGUCCUCGGCGGCAAGGCUGAUAUCCUCAGGGGCUUCACCAAACGAUGCAACGAAAACUAUAAGGUCACCCCGCGGAUGGAUAUAGGAAUGUAUCUCGGCGACAUUCAAGAUCACGUCGUGACCAUGAUGACCAACUUGACCCACUUUGAGAAGAUCCUGUCUCGUGCCCACAGCAACUAUCUGGCCCAGUUGACCAUCGACAGCAUAUCCCAAGGAACCAAAACGAACGAGGGACUCAGCAAGAUCACCUUCCUGGCUACAAUCAUUGUGCCUCUUAACGUGAUCACCGGCCUAUUUGGGAUGAACGUCAAGGUGCCCUGGAUGGAUGUCGAUAAUCACAAUGCCUUCUUCGGCAUCUUGGCAGGCCUGGUAUCUUUCUGUGCUAUCUGCUUGUUUUUUGCAAGGCACAACCGCUUUAUUUAGGUACUAGAUCGGCUGAUCCCUUGAGGUGAAAACAAUAGAGGAUAGACGCGAGGACGGCGGUGAUACCCUCGAGAUGAUGAUCUACGGAGUUUACGGCU